GGCGAAAGCCACGGGUCGCCGACGCACCUCGACCUCGUGUCGCCGUCGGAUGCGAAGCGAGCACGGCAAGACCACCUCGACGUACCGACGUCGAGCGCUGCCAAGAUGAACCCGAGCAUGGAGAGCGUCCUGAGCUGGACGGGCUCGGUGGUUCAGGGGCUCCAGCACCUCGAGUGGCAACCUAUUGGGUUUGAGACCAAACCGGACGGCUCCAUGGACCGCGACCGGCCCAUUUACCGGUGCCCGGCGUGCUGGCGCUACAAGGACACGCUCACAUUUGACACGCAGCAGCACGACGCCAAGUGCCUCAUCGCCAACCUCCUCUUGACGUACGCGACCGAGACGGUCCACCACUACGACGCGCUGCUCAAGCUGACCGACAAGCUCCAAGAGCGAAGCGGCAACAAGGGCUUUGUGGCACCGAGUACGACCAGCGGCACCGCCAAGAGCAACGGCAGUAGCAACAACGCCAACAGCAACAACAACAACAACACCAAUAGCAACAAUAACGGUCCGACGCCGCAGAGCAUGCCCAUGUAUGGCAAGCCACCGACCGGGAUGGCGUCGUCGGCCGCGGCGACGGGGCCGCCGCAGCUGCAGCGAGGCAUCACCGACAUGGUCAACUCGCUCGACGUGCCACCCAACCUCUUCCGUGGCAACUCGUCGAGCCUCGCGGAGUUUUCCGAGCUCCUCGACGACUCGAAUGGCAACAGCUUUAUGGCGCCGACGUCGUCGGAAGUGAGUUUGGCCAUCGAAGUGCAAGUGUACUGCGUCAUUGCGCGCAUGUCGGCGCUCAGCAACAACGCGUACGCGGGCUUCCCGGCCUUUGACAUGGGCCUACACCUCCUCGGGUUCUACCAAGAGUCGCAAGACACGUCGACGACGCAGAUUGUGUUUUGCCCGAUCAAUGACGUGCAUGGCAUCUCGACGUACGAGGUGCAGCGGUUCCAGAUGAUGGUGCGGCAAGAACUCAAGGAAGAGAGCAAGGCGGUGUUUCGACUCGACCGGUUCUCGAACGACCUCAACAAACUCAAGGAAAACGUCAUGUUUUUCUACUGGGAAACCAACAAGGAGCGCCAAGUGCCCCAGUGGGUCAUGUAGAAGGUAGAAAGAGUAGGAACACAAGAAUGGCAUACACGUUGCAAGAGA